AUGACCGUUGAGCAGCUACUCCAUUUCUUACAAGAGAGGAGCCAUCUUCUUACGCUGGAAAAUGAAAGAUUGCGCCCACAGUACGAGUUUCUCCAGGCCUCAGUCGAUCAGAAAGAGGCUACGUCGAAAUGGCAACAGUGGCUCAUCCGCUUAGGAGAGGAGCAUGUGACCUUGCUAGAGAGAGUACUUCAAGGGCAGUCAACUGAGACGGUGUCGGCGACGGAAUCGCCGCCACAGUUCAUGGAGCAUCAGUUUCGGCAACAGACAUGCAGCUCACCUCUGAACACACCACCAAACCUGAGACUUGAGUCGAAUCAAGACGGCGACAGUACAUCGUUUGCGGCCGGUGUAACAGAUGAUGAUGGCAGACGAGGGAUCAUUCAAGACGAUUUGGAAGUGAUGCAGCGAUGCGCCGAAUCAGAAGCCCUGGCUUAUUUAGCAUCCUACUGUUAG